UCUUACCUGUACUAGUACGUGGGGAACCAGACUAAAAAGAUGGCGGAAAGAGACGCAAAAAGAUUGAAAACUCAAAAGGAUGGAAGUCCGCGAAUUUUCAAAACUUUCAAAAGGGAUUGUGUCAAAAGCACCGAUCUUCUUUUAUCAGCAGUUUCCGCAUUAGAAAGAGGUUUGGAAGGCUUGUCCUUCGCAAUGUUGAAGGUGGAUACGUCAAAUGCGCAAAAACAGCAUUCUUUUGUUGACGUUUCUAUCGAAUACAGCCCUUGGAAUAUGUUUGGUGAUGAGGAACCACAUUCAGGCUGUAAUAUUGGAGCGCUUUUUUCAGAUGGCUUGGAAGUUCUAAAGAGUUAUGCGGACAUGGAUUCCCCUAAGGUGCCCAAAUUAAAUCUAGUUCAAAGGACAGCAUUACAAAAUCUACUAGAGUUUUUGUCCAAAAAAAUAGAUCAUGAAACUUUAUUUGAAGAAAUAAGUUCUGAAGAACAUUGGUGUGUUGUACUUGCCCAACAUCUUUUAUCAAAGCUGGCAGUUAGUAGUGAAUACACUAUUGCAUCAUACCCUGGAUUAAGAAUUGGUGAUACAAAAUGUAUGUGCAAGCAAAAUGAUGAUUUGGUUGGGGUUAUAGGAGAUACUAGCUUUGGCUUAGAGAAUGGAUGGCAUGGAAAUACUGACAUAAUAUUUGAAGGAGCUGAUGUUCAAGUAGCUUGCAUGAGAGAUGAAGAAGACCAAGACGACUUAUCGGUUUCCUCUAUGGAAAUGGAAGCAUCUGAUUUUAACUUCAAGGAUUUCAAACAGAUUGUUGCUCAAACGAUUGUUUUUUCGUUUUUGCAGAAAAAAACUUGCGGAAAUAAGUUGAAAAAUAGUUUAAUACCAGGGAUAGGAAUGUCCAAAAAGAAAUUAAUAGUUGUUUUUUAUGAUGCAGAAAAUGACAUACUACUUUCAACAAAACCAAUACUACUUUUUGGUGAUAAAGAAAUUGUCUAUAGCGCUCUUGUAUUUCUUUGGCUUACACUUAACUAUAAAGAGUUCUGUACAGGAAUACCCGAUGCCCUGAAAGAGUUUAAAGCAAGCUUCUUACCUGAUCCUGUUUUACAUCAAAUGUAUAUUGAGAGGGUAGAAAGACCUCUGCACAUAGAUCAUACAAAAGAAGAGAAAGCGUUUCCUUGGUCCGACAAAAAUGUAAGAACUGUGGUAGGUAAAAAGCCAGAGGUAGUAUUAUCAGACUUAUCCGAAGACGAAAGCUGAUUUUUAGCUCGACUUUCCGAAGAAAAAGUAGAGCUAUUGUACUCGUCCCCGCGUCGACGUCGCCGUUGCUUAAAGUUUUUGAUAAAGUCUCUGUUACUAUCAAAGCUAUUGACUUGAAAUUUAAAGUAGUUGUUUACUAUCAAAGUCUUCACCAGGAGAAACAAUCCCCAUAACUCUGAUUUGAAUUUUGACAGAAUAAUGCCCCUUUUUAACUUAGAAUUUCUGGUUAAAGUUUUUGAUAAAGUCAAAUAUCUCUGUUACUAUGAAAGCUAUUGACUUUAAACUUAAAAUACUUAUUUACCAUCAAAGUCUACACCAGGACAACAAUCCUCAUAACACUGAUUUGAAUUUUGACAGAAUUAUGCCCCUUUUUAACAUAGAAUUUUUUGUUAAAAUUUUUGAUAAAGUAUCUCUGUUACUAUUAAAGCUUUUGACUUGAAACUCAAAUUAAUUAUUUACUAUCUAAAUCUGCACCAGGAGACACAAUUCCAAUAACUCUGAUUUGAAUUUUGACAAAGUUAACUUGGAUUUUUUUUUUGCUGGCAAAGCUCUAAUUCAGAGUCAAGCACUGAGAAGUCGAGCGCGCUGUCUUACGAACAGCUCUUGUUAUGUUAAGGGGAAGUGAUAAUGUCAUUUAUCACAAUGGUUCUUGUGUGACCCUUACCAAGAUUGUUUAAAUUAUUUUGAUUUGUCAGUUAAAAACUAUGUAGUAUUAUUUUUUAAAUAAAAUAUUUCUCAGUA